UUAUGACUCUGUCUUCCCUGGGGCAGGACCCCAGCCUGCCUACAUUUGCAGACAGACACAGUGGCAUGUGGAGACAACGGUGUGUCCCAAUGAUUUUACUCCCCAGCUGUGGGCAGUACUCAGUGGAAGGGUGGUAUUAUGACACUGAUACUGCUAUUUUGAAACCUGGAGGAUGGAAAGGUGCAAAAAUCUAUCACCAGCAACAGAAGGUGCAGCCUGUGUUGGUGGUGGUAAUUUUGUCCUUCAAAUGAGUAUGUGUGAAAACAUUUCCUCCUUUGGCCCCACAGGUCAGAAUGGCUGCAGUGGAGCAUCAUCAUUCCUCAGGAUUGCCCUACUGGCCCUACCUCACAGCUGAAACUUUCAGAAAAAGGAAGGGCCGCCAGGCACCUCCUCCAACUCAGUGUCAUCUGGGAGGUCAACCACCUCCAUCAGCUAAAGAUCGUCUGAGACCUCUGAAUCUGUCUCGACUACAGUGUCGACAAGGACCUCAACCACAUUCUACAACUGAUGAGUUUCUGAGAAGAGAUAAACUUCAAGUUGAGUGUCCCCUGGCACCUGUACCAUUUCCUCCAGCUGAAGAUUUUGUGAGCCUCAAAACACCUCCCGAGUGUCUUCUGGUACCUCUUCCACCCUCUCCAGUUGACGACUUUCUGACACCAGAGAACCCGCCCAUCAAGUGUUGCCGGGGACCUGUACCAUCUCCUCGAGCUGAUAAUAAACUGCCUGCUGAGUGUCGCCAGGGACCUCUAUCAUUUCAUGGAGCUGAUGAUUUUAGGAGAUUUCAUGAUUCUCUGAGUCUCAAGACACCUCCCGAGUGUCUUCUGGUACCUCUUCCACCUUCUGCAGUGGAUGAUUUUGUGACACCAGAGACACCUCCCAUCGAGUGUCGCCAGGGACCUUUACCAUCUUCUAGAGUUGAUGAUUUUAGUAGACAGAAGACACCUCCCAACUCUUUUUUCGUACCUCUUCCACCUUCUCCAGUGCAUGAUUUUCUGACACCAGAGACACCGCCCGUUGAGUGUCGCCGGCGACCUUAUCAUUUCUUCGAGCUGAUGAUUUUAGGAGACGCAAGACACCACCCGACUCUUUCUUCGAACCUAUUCCACCUUCUCCAGUUCAUGAUUCUCUGA